AUCUCUCUCCCGUCUCACUUCCGUCUCUCCGAUUACACUCCAUCCCCUCGCAAUGCCUCCCCGACGAGCCUGCGACAUAUGCUAUAAGCGAAAGAUUCAAUGCCUGAUCAAGACUCAAGGUGAUCCAUGUGACUGGUGCGACAGCCAGGGGCUCACAUGCACUUUUGAUAGAGUGAUCCAGAAGGACCCAAACAAAAGAACUACUUCCGAUGUCGUUCAGGAACUAUCACGCCGCGUGGAAACGCUCGAGGAGGCGCUUCAAACGGCCCUGACGAAUAGCACAAACAUGUCUGUUGGAGGCCCCUCACCAUGGUCUGAACCAACGAGUCUUCGCUUCGCUUCUUCCCCAAUCACUCGUCAGCCGGUGAUUAGUCCUAUUGGAGUAUCACCUACAACACGCUCAAAGCCGAUUUACAAAUUAUCACGCUGUCACAUCGGAACAAAUUGGUACUUUAAAGGCAUAGGAAUUCUUUCAAAUCGCGGUUGGCAGUGGAUUUCAGACGGUGCAGGGGAGCGCGUCUUCCUUGAGAACUUCGACAUUUUCGGUAAUCCUGCGCCACCGCUUGGCUCUGUUUCAUUUUCUGAAACACCAAGAGUUCUACCGCCUAGGGCUAUUUGCGCCCAUGUCGUUGAGUUAUUUUUCAAGUCCAAAACAGCUGUUAUCUUUCCAUUUUUGGAGAGAGGCCUCUUUGAGGGGACCCUGAGUAAGGCUUUUGAUGAGGGGGUGAUUGAUUUGGGGAGAAGGGCGCCUGCUGAGGCUUGUCUUUGGGCUAUGAUUGCUCUUGUUGUUAGGACGACUGAUGCUCAACAGCUGGGGUUUUCUUUUGAGCCGAGGGAUUGCGUGAAUGAGGCCUCUCGGUUGUUGGGUGUUGUGAGUGGCAAUACCAGCUUGGAUAGCUUACAAGGAACUCUUCUUCUGUGGGCAAGUCAAAAGAUACGAGGACAAUGUCGUGAAGCUGCUGUCAGCUUCGCAAGCGCAUGUCGCAUGGUGUGCGAUCUCGGCGGUCAUUUCCCUCUAUCACGACCAGCAAUCUCCCCUCAACACAUCCCGACAUUCGACAACCAAACAAGGCUCCAUAUCCGAAGAAUAUUCUGGAUCUGUUACUGUUAUGACAAGGACAUGUCUCUACGAACAGAUAAACCGCCACUCCUGACGUCAGAUCACUGCGAUAUGAGUGACGCUGAAGACCAGACGUUAUGGUACAGUCAUCCACGAGAUACAAAUCUCGCGAGAGUCAAAGAAAACGCAAGUCGACUUCUCUGUUCCCCAAGAGCGUUCAAAUAUACUGAGGGCGAACUUCUUGCGCACGUUCGGCAACUUGAUGAUGAGCUUGAGGAAUGGCGCUUAUCAGUUGAUCCACGAUAUCGGCCACGGUUAUCGAUCUUGUCAGAUUUAUCAUUCUCGCUACCUGCGACUAUGAGUUUACAAGAUCGGACAUAUCUCAUAAAUCUGCAGCUCGAUUACCUCUUUACCAUUAUCAACAUCCAUACACUUGUCCGAAAGUGCGGCGACUUGGAGGAGAAUCUACCAGAUGAUCUCCACAGCGUGGUACACUCAAGCGCUGAUCUAUCCAUCGAAGCCAGCAGAUCUAUCUUCCGGAUAUUGGACACGAUAGUGGAUCUCUGGAAAGAAGACUCAUUGUGGAUAGUAUCCCACUAUGCACCCAUGGCUGCGAUGCCACUCUUCAUGAACAUUCUUAUUCACCCGCUUGGUUCUUCGGCUGAUAAUGACUUACGUAUCUUGUCAUCAAUAAGCAAUAUCACGCGCAAGGUGCCUUCUGACAGACUUCCGAUGGAGGAGAUCGAGCAUAUUCAGGAGAUUAGUGAGUUUGUGAUGGAGCUUGUGCGGCUAAGUCAUAGUGCGGCAUGGAAGGUCAAACGAGGCGAGAGAGAGCAUGACCUUGAUAUUAUUCAUACAUAGUAACACAAAUAGAGAAGUAAACG